AUGAGUCUCUCAUGUUGUUCUUGCAUUGCCCACUUCUUGCUUUUACUUUGUCUCCUCCAUGCACAAUUUGGGACCAGCAACUGUGCCUCUGAUGGAGCUUGCUCAUCUGAAGAGCUCCAAUCCCUUCUCCAAUUCAGACGAGCCCUCAUCGACCCUGACAACCUCCUUUCGUCGUGGCAAGGUCGCAACUGUUGCCACUGGAGAGGAUUGAGCUGUGACAACCUCACUGCAUCAGUUAUCAGCAUUGAUCUCCACAAUCCAUAUGCAAAUGCAUCUGAUCCAAGAUAUGACUUGUGGAACUUGAGUGGGAGAGUGGAUCAUUCCUUGCUCCAGCUCAAGUUUCUGAGUCAUUUGGAUUUGAGCUACAACAACUUCAAUGGCCUUCAGAUACCAAGCUUCAUUGGCUCCCUAAAGAGAUUGAAGUAUCUAAACCUCUCAAAUGCAGGCUUUGCAGGCACUAUUCCAUUCAGAGUGGGAAAUCUAUCCGAAUUGCAGUACCUUGAUUUAUCCUCAAGUUUACAACCACUCUUUGCUGAUAGCUUGCAGUGGGUGACCGGUCUGUCUUCUCUUCGACACCUUAAAAUGUCGGGUGUCGACCUUUCAAAGAUCGGUUCAGACUGGGUUCAAGCAGUAAAUGGGAUCCCAUCCCUCACUCUGUUGGAUUUUCAAGCAUGCGGCCUAACAGGGAUUGCUCAAUCCAUCUCCCCUGUCAAUUUUUCUUCACUUGCCGUUCUUGAUCUCUCCUUCAAUAGUUUCAAUUCAGAGAUUCCAUACUGGUUUUCGAAUCUAAGCAGCCUAGUUCAGUUGGACAUGGUCAGUGCAGGUUUGUAUGGUUCUAUUCCUGUUGAGCUCUCUGCAACUCCCAGCUUGAGGCACUUGGAUCUAUCGAUGAAUGGCAAUCUCACUGUUGAUUCUUUCACACUAUUAAGAGGCAAGUGGAGACAGAUUGAAGUGCUGAGACUUGCUUCCAAUCAGAUAUAUGGAAGGCUUCCUGAUUCCAUUGGAAAUAUCUCAUCUCUCAUCGAGCUCGACCUUCUCUCUAAUAACAUUGAAGGAGGCAUCCCAAGCUCCAUAGGUAAGCUCUCUAACUUACAAAUACUGGACUUAAGUGGCAACAAUCUGACUCUGGAUUUACCACUGCAUCUCAUUAAACACCCUUUGCCAAAAUUGAGGACCUUGAGCUUGGCAGUGAACAAGUUAUCAGGCACUUUGCCUGGAUGGUUGGGUGAACUUGCAAACCUAGAGACACUUGAUCUUAGUUAUAACUCAAUUAGAGGCUUCAUUCCUUCCUCUAUCGGAAAGCUACCAUUUCUCGCAACUCUGGACCUUUGCGGGAACCAAUUGGAUGGAACACCUCCAUACUCCAUAGGACAGCUUACUAAACUGCAUCAGUUGGACCUCUCUUCAAACCACCUCACAGGAACUAUAACAGAAAGGCACUUUGAAAGGUUGAAUGAUUUGAAGUUCUUGUUGCUGGGGUUCAAUUCCUUGACUGUCAACAUAAGCUCUGGCUGGACUCCUCCAUUUCAGGUACAAAAUUUAGGGUUGGGUUCAUGUCAGUUGGAUCAGUUUCCCUAUUGGCUUCAAACCCAGAAGGAGCUCGAAUUUUUGGACCUUUCUAACUCUUCCAUCUCCGGCGAACUACCAACAUGGUUCUGGGACUUAACUUCCAACUUGUUGCUCCUCAACAUCUCCUUCAACCUGAUUGAAGGAGAACUACCUAAACCACUUUACAUUAAUGCUUUUGCUGAUGUUGAUAUUAGAUCAAACCUCUUAUCUGGUCCCUUGCCAGUUUUCUCCAAUUUCGUCGAACUACUUGACCUCUCAAACAACCAAUUCUCUGGUCCAAUCCCAGGUGACAUUGCUGAGCUGCAACCUUAUAUAAUAUUCCUGUCUCUUUCCAACAACAAUCUAUCAGGAGAAAUUCCUAACUCAAUUGGGCUGAUUCAGGAACUACAAGUUCUUGACCUCUCGAGAAACAACCUUUCCGGUCCAAUCCCAGCAAGCUUGAGUAAUUGCUCCUACCUCAAGGCUCUUGUGCUGGAGUACAAUUCUAUCACUGGAACCAUUCCUCCAUCUCUGGGAAGCCUGAGACAGCUCCAAUCCCUGCACCUCAGCAACAAUUUGCUUCAUGGAGUCAUUCCACCAUCCUUAAAGAACAUGUCCAAUCUCCAAACUCUUGAUCUUGGCUACAACAAUUUCGAAGGCGCAAUUCCAGUAUGGAUCGGAGAAAGCUUCCCGGCCUUGAGAAUUCUCAGGUUGAGAGCAAACAAGCUCUCCGGCCAAAUCUCAUAUGGGCUCUCGAAGCUGAGCUCUUUGCAAGUGUUGGACAUCGCAGGAAACGAUCUGGAAGGCCAAAUUCCUGGCAGCUUGGGAAGCCUCACAGCAAUGGCUAUUCAACAGAGACCCAACCAAUACGUCCAGUAUGGGUUUUACAGAGGAACAUACUAUUCCGAGAGCUUGUCAAUGGUGAUAAACAACAGACAACUGGUGUUCACAAAAACACUUUCCCUUCUCGUGAGCAUUGAUCUGUCUGAUAACAAUUUGUCCGGGGAGGUUCCUGGAGAGCUGAUGGACCUUUCAGGGUUACUAGUUUUGAACCUUUCAAGAAACCAACUUCACGGUGAGGUUUUGCAGCAGAUUUCUGAGCUCCAAAACCUGUUGUUCCUGGACUUGUCAAACAAUCAAUUCAAUGGAAGCAUACCUGCAAGUAUGGCAUCCAUGAGCUUCUUGAGUUAUCUAAACCUUUCCAACAACAAUUUCUCUGGCAGGGUGCCAGAUGCAGGCCAACUCGGGACAUUCGAUCCAUCUGCAUACUCUGGGAACCCAUUGCUAUGUGGAGCACCACUUAAUGUGUCUUGUGAAGACGAUCCACCAACUGGCAAAUCUGAUGGCAUCGUCAUCGACGGCAGUGGGAGUAUACUGGAAGACGAGGAAUUCUACGUGAGCCUUGGACUCGGAUUUGCUUCUGGUCUUUUGGGGUUGUUCGGAGUUAUAUCGAUCAGAAAGACAUGGAGUGUUGUCUACUUCAAUUUAGUAGAUUCUAUUGUUGACUGGAUAUCGAAAAUGAAGAAUAUGUUCCCAGGAGUUACUGAUCGAAGGAGGAAGUCGAGGAAAGCAAGAACUCGCAAAUGA